AUGGCUACCACAUCCAGCCAACAACCAGCCAAUUUGGCAAACAAUCCAUCUUCCAUUGCUGCCAGAGCCUCGAGUACCAAUAUCCAGCCGCACUCUGAAUCUCCUACGCCCGGUCUAACCGCACCGUCGCCAUCUCUGGCCGCUCCUACUAUUAAUGGCGGCACCAAUGGCCUCCUGUCUUCUACGCUAUCCAAUGAUGGCUCUAUGCAUGCAGAUCUGAGACAGUAUCCUCGAGAUGGACGCGUUAGAAAUCCGGUCCCGAGCAAACUGAAGGAUGUUACGGAACAGAUGAAGGGGAACUUCAGUGUAAUGCACAUGGAUGUUGCAAGUCAUCGCGCAAGCGAAGGUCGUGAUGCCGCAGCGAAGCGCACAAGCGAAAGCACGGCUCUGCAGGCCAAAUUAGCCCAGACCGAUAGCUACGUAUCUCACCAACGACGAGCGAACUAUCCCCGGCCGCCUGGAUUGAAACAAUUCACGUCCCCGAAGAAGUCUGCUUCUAUAGAGCCGGUCGCUGAAAUAGUACCAGUACCCGAGACGGCCAGCCCUCUCACUCUCGCCGAAACAAAAACUGAACAGGCUCGAUUAUUGACGCUUUUAAGAACUCUCCCCCCUCACACCGUAGUCGACCAAUUAUGUAAGGCACUGGCAUUCUUUGGCGGCAUCCCGGAGGCUCCGCCUCCUGCUGAUGGCAAAUUCCCCGAAAGCGCAGAAUCAAACGGUUCCGGCUCUUUAUUUGUCGGGUGGAUUGCUGAGAUAUUUCCUAAUCUUAAAGAACCUCGGAGGCGGGCAUCGUUCCCAUCUGUGCAGUCUAUAAAUCAGCGACGGCCUAGGGGGCGUCCGAAGGGCAGCAAAGCCAGCAAGUCUCGGAGUGACAAGGGUAUCAAGAAGGGUACUAAGGGAACCACAAACCGAUCCCAAGAAGCUCAAGAUGACAGCUGGGUGGAUGUAGAGGAUAGUGUCCUGGAAUUGAACGGAGACGACGAUCUAGUCGAGGUUGAGGGGCCAUCGGAGAAUGCUCCGAAUACACCCCCGCAACUGCAGGGCGGCGGCCAGUUCAACAAUACCCCGAUCAUGGGUUCGACUGGUGGUUUUAAGUCUAUCAACGAUGCGACUGCGGCACUUGCGCCUGGGUCUAAUACAAAACGACGUGGACGGCCAAAGGGUUCCAAAAACCGACCUAAGGACAUGCCUGGUGUGCAGCAAGCUGGUCAACUGGCUGAUUCCACACCUGCAAACUCGAAUGCUCCCCCUAUUCAAGCCGAUCAUGUAUCGACGCUCCCAAUACCACCAAAGGUGACCCCUGUGCCAGUACCAAUACCCAUGCUCGGUGAGCAACCCAGAAAGAAACCAAAUUCGGGACGCCCAAAGGGUUCUAAGAAUCGCCCUAAGGCCGCCGGCGAGUCCAUAGGUCAAGAUGGCGCUAUAUCUCAGCAACAGCAGCAGACGGCUGACCCAUCAAACCAGCAAAUUAACCAGCAUGCUGUUGCUGGUCCCUCGUUUACAGGUGGCACUACCACAUCGUCUAUCGCGGAUGGUGUUGCUGCUCAGAACGAUCAGCGAGCCCAGCUGUUACCUCCGCCUGCUAUAGCUAAUAGCCAGGUGCCGACCCCUCAAGUUAAGGAGUCGUCUAUAGUUGGGAAGAAGCGGAAGCGUCAGUCUGCCCCCACUGGUAUUGUCAACCCUCAAACUGACGGAGCCUCUGAUGGCGUUAUCGGAAGUAAUGUAAUUCCCCAACAAGCACAGUCUAGCCUUUCCCAGGCAACUUCAGCUCCGAUUUCUCAAACGCAGCCCUCAGCUGCCGUCCAGUCUAUUCAGCAGACCUCUACGAAUGUCAAUACUACGCCGUCUACAAAGCGACCACGCAAGUCCCAGGAGUCGGGAUCUCUACAAGCAGCAAAACGCUCGACUCCAAAUAAUAUAGGGAAUAAGAAUCCUGCGUCGUCUGCAGCGGUCAACCUGGAUCAAACCCGGCAAGCUGGCCAGGUCACUGCUCCUUCUCAGAGCCAUACGCAGGCUGAAGGUCUCGAAGCUCAUUACGAACGAAUAGCUGCACUACAGAACCGCAGUGACCAAGUGCAGAGCAACGCUAAUCGCCCUCAGAAGCAACAGCAGCAUCAGGCAACGGCAUCAAUUGGUAGUACAGCCUCUCCGACCCCCGCGGAAGGGUUAGAAGCUCACUACGAACGUUUCACGGCGCUCCAAAAUCGCCAGGAUAACGCAAGACAACAGACUGCCAAUCGUCAACAGAUGCAACAACAGAAUGCCCAAACGGCCUCCCCUAUCUCUUCACAGACUUCGAAGGCCCCCCAGAUGCCAUCUACAUUAGCUUCCCACCAGCAGACUAGACCGUCUCAAAAUUACUACCAAACACAGACUCUUAGCUCGUCCUACAACACACAAACGCCCACGUACCCUACGAGUCAACGUCAGCCUCAGCAUAUGGCUACAGGAUCUCCUGGAACAGGUCUUGUACAGCAUAUGACUAAUUCUCCUCAGUUUGGCGCACAGUCUAACUCGCCGCUCAUGCAAGGGGACACUAAUUAUAGGGGGUCGCCGUCACUUGUUCACAGCAGUACUGGAUAUCCGCCGCGUCGAACACCCUCGGCGUCGCCCCUCGAUAGCAACUAUCGUGCAGGAGGUGCCACAAGUCAUGGUGUUUCGAACCACUCGCCCCAUUUCGGCGCACGCCAGACUCCAACAACUACUCAUAGUACAUCACAUGCUGCGAUGCCCUCAACUUUUGCACCUUCUUUCGACUCAAGCUUCCUGGAACUCCAGAGCUUAGAUUCUAACAAUAAUCAUGGCGGCUUAGGACUUAGUACCGGUUCGUACGGGCUAGGUAGCGGCGUGCCUUCGCAACAGCGGACAACCGGCUCGAGCGCAGCAUCUCUCUAUUCUUCAGCCACGGGGAUGAAUAACAGUUAUCUGCCCUCUUCGAAUGUCGGCCGUGCCACCCAGAAUAGGUGGCCGUCGUGA